GCCAUGGAAGCGCUCACUGCCCUCCCCGUCUCUUAUCUGUUCCCUUGCUGCCGCCGACCCGUUCAGGCGAAAUCUUUCUCGGAUGCCGAACCCUCCCUACUCCAGCGCGAUACGUUGCUUCUUCCUGCCAGAUCUGCUUCCUCGCGCAGCCCUCGCCGGCGCUUCCGCCGCCUCCGCUCCAGCAUUAACGGCGACAAGUCUGACGAGUCUCAGUUCUUCAACGAGGACGGCGUCGUGGAGGACAUGGAUGGCUACCUCAAUUACCUCUCGCUCGAGUAUGAUUCCGUUUGGGACACCAAACCCUCGUGGUGCCAGCCGUGGACCAUAUUGCUUGCUGGGAUUGCAGUUAUUGCAUCUAGCUGGGUUAUUCUCCAUUCAGCAACAAUAAGUGGUGGAGUAACCUUACUAAUAUGUGGAUGGUGGUACAUAUUCCUUUAUUCAUACCCUAAGACCUACUGGUUAAGUGAAAUGGAUCACCACUGAAUCUGCACAAGAGUCGAAGUUGAAUCAACAUGUUUCAUCAGUUGGCUAUUAGAAUACUGGUUAAUUGAUAUGAGAGUCGAAGUUUAGAAAUCUUGUUACUCCUUAUAUUUAGAAGUCAAAGAAUCUUCAGUGGUUUGUUGCUGGCUCUGGAGGUCGUUAACAAAAUUACUUCGUGUCAGGCAUAUUCAGACAUGAUAGCUGAAAGAAGAAAAAAGGUGAGCAGUGGAAUUGAAGAUACAUUUGGACACAGAAAGAGUGGAAGGUAAGUUUUUGUAAUCUUUUUGUGCUAUUUGAACUACAAUGAGGAUGAUCAACAUGAAGCAAAGAGGAGAUGGAAUAAACUUGAGGGAAAUCUUCCACCUGAAACCGCCAUCAAUUUCUUCUGUUUCGACUUCAUAAGUGUCUCGAGUAACUCAUUUUCAUUGUAAAUUCCCCUGUAUGUUAUUUCAAUUUCAGCGUUUCAUCUAUCGAACUAGUAAUUAUGUUGCCUUA